AUGGCGGUCAAGAACGGAAAGGGCAAGGCUAACAGUGCCACCAACGGCCAUGGCGGAUACGACGCCUGCAAGUCGUCCUGCGCCUCCAAGCUCAGCGUGUGGGCCGUCAUCAUCGCCGUCGUCUGGGGCCUGUGCAAGGUCGCCGACAAGCUCAACCCGUUGAGCUCUCCGUCCUCUCGGUCGCCGACCCGGAGGCGACCCCAGUUUUGGCGUGGAAGACAGCUACAGGUUCUUCGGAUAGCUGACAGACAGGACGGUCGCUUCUACAUCUUCGACCCGACCGAGCUCCACCAGUGCGUGAACGCGUCGCUCGCGACUGCUGCGGCCGCGGACCAGACGCAGAACGCCUCGUUCAUCAUCGAGUCCCUCCUCGACAACAUGGUCAAGCAGUACCCCGACGCGCACCUCCUCACCGACUACACCGACCACCACGAGUGGGUGUUCAACAACGCCGGCGGAGCUAUGGGCGCUAUGUACAUUAUCCACGCGAGCAUUACCGAGUACCUCAUCAUCUUCGGCAGCGCGACCGGCACGGAGGGCCACACGGGCCUGCACACUGCGGACGACUACUUCCACAUGCUGACUGGCGAGGAGUGGGCGUACGAGGCCGGCGCUCUGACUCGCGAGAUCUACAAGCCCGGAAGCGUGCACCACCUCGUCCGCGGCGUCAAGAAGCAGUACGUCAUCACCCCCGAGUCGUGGUCGCUCGAGUACGCCCGCGGCUGGAUCCCGCCCAUGCUCCCGUUCGGCUUUGCCGACAUGAUGUUCUCGACCCUGGAUUGGGGAACGAUGUACCACACCACGCGCAUUACCGCGCGCGAGAUGAUCUCGAACCUCCUCCGCGGAAAGCUCUAA